AUGGAUACCAUAUUGGGAGACUGCUCAGGGGAUGUGGAUAUGAGCAAUAUUACAAGUAAUGUUUUAAGUAUUGUGUUGUUUUAUACCUAACAUACAGUUACCGCUAGUCAAUAUUGCACCUUCUAACUUAGUGGAAAGUGUUUUGAAUAACCAGAUUGUUUCUCAUUCAUUUUCUAGGUUGCAUGGGUAAAGCAAUGAAAUCUACAGGUGAUGUCGGUCUGGGCUUGAAGGAAUCUAUCAUCAACUGUGUGCAGAAGGGUGCUUCUCUAUCUGUCCAGAAGGCAGCAAUUCAGGCCUUCAGACUCAUGGACAUCGACCAGGAGGUGAUUCCAUUCCCACCACCAUACCCAUCACCUAAACCUGCUCAAUAAUUCUCAACAUUCUUAUUUUGAGUUCUCUUCAGUUAUAGCAGAUGCUUUUAUUAAUUAGCACACUUUUCAUAAUCUAAUCAUUAACAAUCUGUAUUAAUAAGUGGAAAUGUUUGUGCUGUGAAGGACAGUUCAGAAAAACUCUCUUGGAGGUGUACCAGGAUGCUGAGAGCCCCGUCCAGAAACGUGUGACAGCUUAUCUGAUGCUUAUGAAGAGUCCUGACGAUGUGCUGCUUAGCAAGGUGAUCACCACGCUGAAGGAGAGACAGGACCCACAGGUCAGGAGCUUUGUGGCCUGCCACCUUGACAACAUCCGCCACUCUGAUGAUCCCAAAAUGCAACAGUAAGUGACUGUUUUCUGUAUGAUAUGUUCAGUCACUCCCUCUUCAUUUACAUGAUUCAUUUAAUGUCUGUGAUCACAGUGGUGGAAGGUGUUGAUGUUUUCUGUAUCUCCUACUGCAUAUGUAUUUGACACCUGGCUAAGAGAAACAUCUUCAUUGAGUUUCUAUUUUUCAUCUGUCUGUCCAGCUGCAAAAUCAUGGGCUUGAUUGUGUUCGAUAGAAUCGCAGCAAAAUAAUACCCUUUAUUGUCCUAAUCCCCAUAAUCACUUGUGCAACUCAAACAAGUUGUGGGUUCUGAAAAGUGCUCUCUUUCUCUCUUCCUCAAGAAUAAGACAGUAAGUAUAUUGAGGAGGCAUUGCAAGACCAUCAGCACUCUGUUAACCCCUUCACCACAAUGUCCCGCAACUACAAAAUGGACACUGCCAUGGGCUCCAUAAAGAGCAACAUGAUCUUUGAUUCCACUCCAUCCCUGCCAAAGGAAGUCCUGCUGGAGACCACCCUCAAAGCCUUUGGGUAUAACGGUGAUAUGUUAGAGGUAAGGUUUGAAAAGACAUUCGAAACGUGUAUUUAUCUAAUAAAUGAAACAUUUAAUUAAAAUGUUUAUUAUUUAAAAGAAUAUUGCAUCUAUAUUGGUGUGAUUACAUUGAUAUCUUGUCUCACCCUUUUUUCCACUUCCAUUUUCAAGGUCAGUAUUGAAGGUAAUGGAUAUGAACCGAGCCUUGAGGCCCUUUUUGGAGAGCAAGGUUUCUUCCCGGACUCUGUCUCCAAGGCCAUGUACUGGGCUGGUCUCAAGAUGCCAGACUCGGUCCAACAGGUGCUGGAGAACUGGAUUGCUCCCUUGAGGAGUGAGAGAAGGAAAAUACAGGUAAAACUGUAUAAUUUGAUAUAUUGAUGUUUAAGGAAUAGUCUUUUCGUUUGGCUUUUCAGUGUGAGCUGAAGUAUUUAAAUAAAUUUUUAAUAAUCCAUAUCUUACAGGCCCACAGGACCUUGUAAGAGACAUUGGACAGAACUUCCAAAAGCUUGUCAGCGAACUACACUCUCAAGACUCCGCUGCCAUGGCCUACCUAAGGAUUCUUGGAGAUGAAGUUGGAUACAUCAAGUCCAGUGAGAUGGAGCACAUGGCCCCGACCCUAGCUAUGUACUCUGACGUGUUCUUCAACAUAAUGUCUCUUAAGGUAAAUCAUUGUUGACUGAAUAGGUCAUUCUGAGGGGGAAAGCAUAUAAUAAUAUACAGUAUGUGGAAACUAGAUAACUAAACAAAACAGUCAAUUACAAACAAAGCUAAACAUGUUUUCAAUUAUUUCUAUACAUUUUCAGUAUAACUGACCCACACACAAAGUCCCUUUGUUUCUUUAUUUUUGCACAGGCCAUGCAGUCUCUAAUGUCCAGCACUAACAAUGAGCUUUAUGCCCACUAUAUCUUUCCUGGAUGAGAGCUUUUUCCUGCCCUCUGCGUCUGGUUUACCCCUGAAAUUCUCCUUGUCUGGUGUCUUUGCCCCUGGAGCUAAGGGAGGUCUGAACUUUUCCCCUGUCAUGGUAAACUGCCUGCUCUUUUAUUUCUAUUCAAUUAAUGUAUAGGCCUUAUGGAACAUGUUUUAUGGAUUUCUACCAUAUUUGGACAAAUUCUUUCAUUUAUUUAGGAUCCUAGGUGAAAUUUUACCUGUGAAUUAUGCCUUUCUUACCUGUAGCAGCAGUUGUCUUUCAUGCAAUCUAUUGGUGUAGAGUUUAUUACACAACUGGGUAUCGACAUUUCUGAGUUUGUGGUGGCUGGCAUCGAGAUGCACACCAACAUGUACCAUGAGAGUUCCCUGAACGCCAAAGUCACCAUUAGCAGGAAUGUUAUCAAACUCUCCAUCCCUGCACCCAAGGGAACUACUCAGCUAUUCAGUGUCAGGUGGGAAUUACUCUAACUUCAUCUUAAAUUCUUACAUUUUACAUUUUAGUCAUUUAGCAGACGCUCUUAUCCAGAGCGACUUACAGGAGCGGUUAGGGUUAAGUGCCUUGCUGAAGGGCACAUCGACAGAUUUUUCAACUAGUCGACUCGGGGAUUAGACCAGCGACCUUUCGGUUACUGGCACAACGCUCUUAACCACUAAGCUACUUCUAAUAAUUUGAUAUUAAAUAUAAGUGGCACAUUAUGGGUAGCUCACAUACUGUUGUCAAUGUUAAUAGGAGUACAGAUUUAAGAAUCCAGCUUGUAUCAAAUACCACCAUCUUUUAAUAUACAGUUGAAGUCAGAAGUUUACAUACACAUUUAAACUCAGUUUUUCACAAUUCCUGACAUUUAAUCCUAGUAAAAAUUCCCUGUCUUAGGUCAGUUAGGAUCACCACUUUAUUUUAAGAAUGUGAAAUGUCAGAAUAAUAGUAGAGAUAAUUAUUUCUUUCAUCUUUUAUUUAUUUCAUCACAUUCGAAGUGGGUCAGAAGUUUACAUACACUCAAUUAGUAUUAGGUAGCAUUGCCUUUAAAUUGUUUAACUUGGGUCAAACGUUUCGGGUAGCCUUCCACAAGCUUCCCACAAUAAGUUGGCUGAAUUUUGGCCCAUUCCUCCUGACAGAGCUGGUGUAACUGAGACAGGUUUCUAGGCCUCCUUGCUCGCACACGCUUUUUCAGUUCUGCCCACAAAUGUUUUAUAGGAUUGAGGUCAGGGCUUUGUGAUGGCCACUCCAAUACCUUGACUUUGUUGUCGUUAAGCCAUUUUGCCACAACUUUGGAAGUAUGCUUGGGGUCAUUGUCCAUUUGGAAGACCCAUUUGCGACCAAGCUUUAACUUCCUGACUGAUGUCUUGAGAUGUUGCUUCAAUUCAUCCACAUCAUUUUCCUUCCUCAUGAUGCCAUCUAUUUUGUGAAGUGCACCAGUCCCUCCUGCAGCAUAGCACCCCCACAGCAUGAUGCUGCCACCCCCGUGCUUCAAGGUUGGGAUGGUGUUCUUCGGCUUGCAAGCAACCCCCUUUUUCCUCCAAACAUAACGAUGGUCAUUAUGGCCAAACAGUUCUAUUUGUGUUUCAUCAGACCAGAGGACAUUUCUCCAAAAAGUACGAUCUUUGUCCCCAUGUGCAGUUGCAAACCGUAGUCUGGCUUUUUUUAUGGCGGUUUUGGAGCAGUGGCUUCUUCCUUGCUGAGCGGCCUUUCAGGUUAUGUCGAUAUAGGACUCGUUUAACUGUGGAUAUAGAUACUUUUGUACCUGUUUCCUCCAGCAUCAUCACAAGGUCCUUUGCUGUUGUUCUGGGAUUGAUUUGCACUUUUCGCACCAAAGUACGUUCAUCUCUAGGAGACAGAACGCGUCUCCUUCCUGAGCGGUAUGAUGGCUGUGUGGUCCCAUGGUGUUUAUUCUUGAGUACUAUUGUUUGUACAGAUGAACAUGGUACCUUCAGGUGUUUGGAAAUUGCUCCCAAGGAUGAACCAGACUUGUGGAGGUCUACAAUUUUAUUUCGGAGGUCUUGGCUGAUUUCUUUUGAUUUUCCCAUGAUGUCAAGCAAAGAGGCACUGAGUUUGAAGGUAGGCCUUGAAAUACAUCCACAAAUGAUGUCAAUUAGCCUAUCAGAAGCUUCUAAAGGCAUGACAUCAUUUUCUGGAAUUUUCCAAGCUGUUUAAAGGCACAGUCAACGUAGUGUAUGUAAACUUCUGACCCAGUGGAAUUGUGAUACAGUGAAUUAUAAGUGAAAUAAUCUGUCUGUAAACAAUUCUUGGAAAAAUUACUUGUGUCAGGAACAAAGUAGAUGUCCUAACCGACAUGCCAAAACUAUAGUUUGUUAACAAGAAAUUAGUUGAGUGUUUAAAAACUAGUUUUAAUGACUCCAACCUAAGUGUAUGUAAACUUUCGACUUCAACUGUAUGUGUGUCCAAUGGAGAAAAAAAUAAUCAAAUUAAGACUGACAAAUGCCAUAGAUAUUCACUAUUAUCUACAUAAAAUCAAUUGGGGCCUACAGUGCAUUUGGAAAGUAUUCAGACCCCUUGAUUUUUUCCAAAUUUUGUUAUGUUACAGCCUUAUUCUAAAAUGGAUUAAAUUGUUUUUUUCCCCUCAUCAAUCUACACACAAUACCCCAUAAUGACAAAGCAAAAACAGCUUUUUACAUAAUUAUUCAGACCCUUUACUCAGGACUUUGUUGAAGCACCUUUGGCAGCGAUUACAGCCUCGAGUCUUCUUGGGUAUGACGCUACAAGCUUGGCACACCUGUAUUUGGGGAGUUUCUCCCAUUCUUCUCUGCAGAUCCUCUCAAGCUCUGUUGAGAGGAUCGUCGCUGCACAGCUAUUUUCAGGUUUCUCGAGAGAUAUUCGAUCAGGUUCAAGUCCAGGCUCUGGCUGGGCCACUCAAGGACAUUCAGAGACUUGUCCCGAAGCCACUCCUGCAUUGUCUUGACUGUGUGCUUAGGGUCGUUGUCCUGUUGGAAGCUGAACCUUCGCCCCAGUCUGAGGUCCUGAGCACUCUGGAGCAGGUUUUCAUCAAGGAUCGCUCUGUACUUUGCUCCGUUAAUCUUUUCCUCGAUCCUGACUAGUCUCCCAGUCCCUGCCGCUGAAAAACAUCCCCACAGCAUGAUGCUGCCACCACCAUGCUUCACCAUAAGGAUGGUGCCAGGUUUCCUCCAGACAUGGCAAUUUCAUCAGAGCAGAGAAUCUUGUUUCUCAUGGUCUGAGAGUCCUUUAUGUGCCUUUUGGCAAACGCCAAGCGGGCCUUUUACUGAGGAGAGGCUUCUGUCUGGCCACUCUACCAUAAAGGCCUGAUUGGUGGAGUGCUGCAGAGAUGGUUGUCCUUCUGGAAGGUUCUCCUAUCUCCACAGAGGAACUCUGGAUCUCUGUCAGAGUGACCAUCGGGUUCUUGUUCACCUCCCUGACCAAGGCCCUUCUCCCCCGAUUGCUCAGUUUGGCCAGACGGCCAGCUCUAGGAAGAGUAUUGGUGGUUCCAAACUUCUUCCAUUUAAGAAUGAUGGAGGCCACUGUGUUCUUCGGGACCUUCAAUGCUGCAGAAAUUUUUUGGUACUCUUCCCCAGAUCUUUGCCUCGACGCAGUCCUGUCUCAGAGCUCUACGGACAAUUCCUUCGACCUCAUGGCUUGGUUUUUGCUCUGACAUGCACUGUCAACUGUGGGACCUUAAAUAGACAGUGACUCUCCAAAUCCUGUCCAAUCAAUUGAAUUUACCACAGGUGGACUCCAAUCAAGUUGUAGAAACAUCUCAAGGAUGAUCAAUGGAAACCGGAUGCACCUGAGCUCAAUUUCGAGUCUCAUAGCAAAGGGUCUGAAGACUUAUGUAAAUAAGGUAUUUCUGUUUUUUAUUUUUAAUACAUUUGCUAAAAUGUCUAAAAACCUGUUUUUGCUUUGUCAUUAUGGGAUAUUGUGUGUAGAUUGAUGAGAUUGUAAAAAAAAAAAUCAAUUUUAGAAUAAGGCUGUAACGUAACAAAAUGUGGAAAAAGUCAAGGGGUCUGAAUAUUUCCGAAUUGCACUGUAUCUGUCCUCUCCAUAUUCGGUGCUGAGCUCCCAGAGGUGACUGUAACACUGAAGUACAAGCUGGCAGUCACAGAUAGCAACGUCAAGGGGAAGAAGAUGCGUGGCACAAUAUUCCACAGUUCAAAUCAAAUCAAAUCAAAUUGUAUUUGCUACAUGCGCCGAAUACAACAGGUGUAGACCUUACAGUGAAAUGCUUACUUACAAACCCUUAACCAACAAUGCCGUUUUAAGAAAAAUAAGUGUUAAGUAAAAAAUGGAUGAGAAAAAAAUUAAAUAAUUAAAGAGCAGCAGUAAAAUAAAGUAAAUGCAGGCAGGCUAUAUACAGGGGGUACCGGUACAGAGUCAAUGUGCAGGGGCACAGGUUAGUCGAGAUAAUUGAGGUAAUAUGUACAUAUGGGUAGAGUUAAAGUGACUAUGCAUAGAUAAUAAACAGAGAGUAGCAGCAGCGUAAAAGAGGGGGUCGGGUGGGGUGGGGUGGGGUGGGGUGGGGGGGACAGUGCACAUAGUCUGGGUAGCCAUGAUUAGCUGUUCAGGAGUCUUAUUGCUUGGGGGAUAGAAGCUGUUAAGAAGCGUUUUGGAUCUAGACUUGGCGCUCCGGUACCGCUUGCCAUGCGUCAGCAGAGAGAACAGUCUAUGACUAGGGUGGCUGGAGUCUUUGACAAUUUUUAGGGCCUUCCUCUGACACCGCCUGGUAUAGAGGUCCUGGAUGGCAGGAAGCUUGGCCCCAAUGAUGUACUGGGCCAUACGCACUACCCUCUGUAGGACACCAAGGAACUUGAAGCUCUCAACCUGUUCCACUACAGCCCCGUCAAAGAGAAUGGGGGAGUGCUCAGUCCUCUUUUUAUUCCUGUAGUCCACAAUCACCUCCUUUGUCUUGAUCAUGUUGAGCGAGAGGUUGUUAUCCUGGCACCACACGGCCAGGUCUCUGACCUCCUCCCUAUAGGCUGUCUCAUCGUUUUCGGUGAUCAGACCUACCACUGUUGUGUCAUCGGCAAACUUAAUGAUGGUGUUGGAGUCGUGCCUGGCCAUGCAGUCAUGGGUGAACAGGGAGUACAGAUGGGGACUGAGCAUGCACCCCUGUGGGGCCACCAUGUUGAGGAUCAGCGUGGCAGAUGUGUUGUUACCUACCCUUACCACCUGGGGGUGGCCCAUCAGGAAGUCCAAGUGUUUAGUCCCAGGGUCCUUAGCUUAGCGAUGAGCUUUGAGGGCACUAUGGUGUUGAACGCUGAGCUGUGGUCAAUGAAUAGUAUUCUCAUGUAGGUGUUCUACUUGUCCAGGUGGGAAAGGGCAGUGUGGAGUGCAAUAGAGAUUGCAUCCUCUGUGGAUCUGUUGGGGCGGUAUGCAAAUUAGAGUGGGUCUAGGGUUUCUGGGAUAAUGGUGUUGAUGUGAGCCAUGACCAGCCUUUCAAAGCACUUCAUGGCUACAGACGUGAGUGCAACGGGUCGGUAGUCAUUUAGGCAGGUUAUCUUAGCAAAAUAUUCCAAUAGCUUAGCAUCUGCGUCAUCUGACCACUUCCUUAUUAACUGAGUCACUGGUGCUUCCUGCUUUAGUUUUUGCUUAUAAUCAGGAGGAUAGAAUUAUGGUCAGAUUUGCCAAAUGGAGGGCGAGGGAGAGCUUUGUACGCGUCUCUGUGUGUUGAGUAAUGGUGGUCUAGAGUAUUUUUUUUCUCUGGUUGCACAUUUAACAUGCUGGUAGAAAUUAGGUAGAACGGAUUUAUGUUUCCCUGCAUUAAAGUCCCCGGUCACUAGGAGCGCUGCCUCUGGAUGAGCGUUUUCCUGUUUGCUUAUGGCCUUAUACAGCUCACUGAGUGCAGUCUUAGUGCCAGCAUCGGUUUGUGGUGGUAAAUAGACAGCUAAGAAAAAUAUAAAUGAAAACUCUCUUGGUAAAUAGUGUGGUCUACAGCUUAUCAUGAGAUACUCUACCUCAGGCGAGAAUAAUAUAGAGACUUCCUUAAUAUCAGAUUUCGUGCACCAGCUGUUGUUUACAAAUAUACACAGACCGCCACCCCUUGUCUUACCGGAGUCAGCCGUUCUAACCUGCCGAUGUAGCGUAUAUCCCGCCAGCUGUAUGUUUUAAAUGUCAUCGUUCAGCCACGACUCGUGAAACAUAAGAUAUUGUCGUUUUUAAUGUCCCGUUGGUAGGUUAUCCUUGAUCGUAGCUCGUCUAUUUUGUUAUCCAAUGAUUGUACGUUGGCUAAUAGGACUGAUGGAAGAGGCAGAUUACUCGCUCGCCGUCGGAUCCUUACAUGGCACCCCGACCUACGUCCACGAUAUCUCCGUCUCUUUCUCAUGCGAAUGACAGGGAUUUGGGCCUUGUUGUAAUAGCAGAAUUGGUUACAGUGUUUCUAGAUGUUUCAAGUUGGCCGUUCCAGGUAAAAGAAACCACAGUGUUCUAAUUUUGCCAUUUUGCCAAGGUUAGUAAUAUUGUAACUAACUAACAUGCCUUGCUUUGAAUGUUUAUUCACAGACUUGAGUCUAUGGAAAAUGGUAUGCUGCAAGUCCAGAUGACCAUCCCGGCCCUGAGUUCAGAUGCCUCUGCUACUGCAACCCUGAAGAACACCGAUAGUCUAGUCAUGUAAUUAGAGACAGCAGUCAACAUUCAAGAGUCUAACUCUGUGCAAAAAGUCAUUGUGAGAUAUGGUAAGUGUCAGACAGCUUUUUCUCUGUGAUGUUUGACCUGACAAAGUCAAUAACAAAAUGUAACUGCAAACAGUAAUGGUUAAAGUCUUACAUCUGGUUUUCCCAUAAAAAUGACAACAAGUUUGAGGUGGAGAUGAAGUCCGAUCUGAACUCUGAGAUCCAAAAACUCAUCCCAAACACAGAAGAUUACCAGAGGCAGCUACAAAUGCAACAUUUGACUGGACAAGGUUGCUGAAAGAAACAAGAGGAGCCUCGCUGAACUCACUCUGCCAACGUGCCUGAGAAUCUGUUCCUUCAAUCGUAAGUAUCUGACAAUUCACAUAUUAAAUGGGGUUGGGGUUAUUUCCAUGUCAAUCCAUUCAAUUCAGGAGAUAAAAUCCCAAUUUAAUAAUGGCAAAGUGUCAGGGGAAAACAGAAUAAAUUCUUCACUAAUGACAAUUAAUUAAUUUGUCACUUUCUUGUUUUUUUGUUUUUACAACAGUGACAGCCAUUACAAAAAAAGAUUGCAGUUUUAAAACUGCAGUAAAAGUGCAGGAACUGCAAUUGACUGUGGUAUUUUGGACGCAGUGAUUGCAGAAUAACUCAAGUGUACUGCAGUUAUACUGCACUGUAACUGCAGUUACACUGCAAACUUACUGCAGUAAAAAACUGUGUUAUUUUGGACACAGUAUUUGCAGCAUACUGCAGUUAUACUGCAUUCUAACUACAGUUAUAAUACAGUGUACUGCAGUUAUACUGCACUCUGACUGCAAUCUUUUUUCGUAAGGGAGUUUAUUCAGAUACCAGCUCAACCAGAACAAAAUGUCUGUCUCCCUUGUUGUGCCUUUGGGAGGAAAUUCCUCUGAAGAGCUAAACUUUCCCACUACCCUGUCCAUUACUGCAAUCGACGUUACUGAAAUAGGUUGGAUGAUUCCUGCCAAUGUGAUCCAAAUCCCAAAUUUCAUCAUACCUCGCUCUUUUGACUUCUUGCUGCCCUUGCUCGGCUUUGCUGAGGUGACCUCCGAAGUGAUCAGCAACUUCUACAACUGGGAGGUAUCCAUCUCUGGGGGACACAACACUGUUGAUGUUCCCAGCUAUAUUGCUCAUUAUAAACUGGGUGGUUCGAGCCCUGAAUGCUGAUUGGCUGACAGCUGUGGUAUAUAUCAGACCGUAUACCACGGGUAUGACAAACCUUUUAUUUUUACUGCAAUUAUUACAUUGAUAACCAGUUGAUAAUAGCAAUAAGGCAGCUCAGGGGUUUGUGAUAUAUGGCCAAUAUACCACGACUAAGGGCUGUGUCCAGGCACUCCACGUUGCGUCGUGCAUAAAAACAGCUCUUAGCCGUGGUAUUGUAACGUAUAUGCUGAGCGUCAGAAAGCAGGUGCAGAAGGAGAGUUUAAUACUGAACAGACACAAAAUAACAAACAUGGGAAGCGUACUGAUUGUGAGAGAAAACCAAUAACACCUAAGGACUGAUGACGACUGAGGGCUAAAUAAAGGGGGAGUAAUCAGGGUAUUGAUAAAGUCCAGGUGUGCCUAAUGAUGGGACGCAGGUGUGCGUAAUGAUGGUUGCCAGGUGUGCGUAAUGAUGAGUUGCCAGGACCGGUGGUUAGUAAACCGGCGACGUUGAGCGCCGGAGCGGUGGAGCGGGAGUAGACGUGACAGGUAUAUUGGCCUUAUUGCUUAAAUAUAAAGUCAUGGCUCAGUCCCCUGUUAGCCCGCUCUCCUACAGACUUGAAGGUAAACUUUGCUUAUCUUUCCACAUUUAAUUAAAUGUAUAUUUACCACAUAGAUUUAAGAAUAUAGAAGAUAAAUAUACACUGCUCAAAAAAAUUAAGGGAACACUUAAACAACACAAUGUAACUCCAAGUCAAUCACACUUCUGUGAAAUCAAACUGUCCACUUAGGAAGCAACACUGAUUGACAAUACAUUUCACAUGCUGUUGUGCAAAUGGAAUAGACAACAGGUGGAAAUUGUAGGCAAUUAGCAAGACACCCCCAAUAAAGAACUGGUUUUGCAGGUGGUGACCACAGACCACUUCUCAGUUCCUAUGCUUCCUGGCUGAUGUUUUGGUCACUUUUGAAUGCUGGCGGUGCUUUCACUCUAGUGGUAGCAUGAGACGGAGUCUACAACCCACACAAGUGGCUCAGGUAGUGCAGCUCAUCCAGGAUGGCACAUGAAUGCGAGCUGUGGCAAGAAGGUUUGCUGUGUCUGUCAGCGUAGUGUCCAGAGCAUGGAGGCGCUACCAGGAGACAGGCCAGUACAUCAGGAGACGUGGAGGAGGCCGUAGGAGGGCAACAACCCAGCAGCAGGACAGCUACCUCCGCCUUUGUGCAAGGAGGAGCAGGAGGAGCACUGCCAGAGCCCUGCAGAAUGACCUCCAGCAGGCCACAAAUGUGCAUGUGUCUGCUCAAACGGUCAGAAACAGACUCCAUGAGGGUGGUAUGAGGGCCCGACGUCCACAGGUGGGGGUUGUGCUUACAGCCCAACACUGUGCAGGACGUUUGGCAUUUGCCAGAGAACACCAAGAUUGGCAAAUUCACCACUGGCUCCCUGUGCUCUUCACAGAUGAAAGCAGGUUCACACUGAGCUCAUGUGACAGAUGUGACAGAGUCUGGAGACGCCGUGGAGAACGUUCUGCUGCCUGCAACAUCCUCCAGCAUGACCUUGAAAGAGAAACUGAUUAUUUUGACACAAGUAUGAUGUGACACUGGAAGACUUGGAGGCCUCUGUGGGGAAUCUAAAGGUGAACCUGAUGACCUGAUGGCUACAGUCAGGGGCAGCAUUGAAAGCGGAGACUUGUCAGACGUAAUUUCAAAUGCCAUUCCUCUCACAAAUUGGAAAUCAGCUGAAGGACUUUGAUUACCAAUUUAAUAUCAGAGAGAUAAUUGUCUGAGCCAUUGAUGCAAUUGAGGAUGUCAUCAGAAAGAUUGAUCUACAGAAGCUAGGCGGCAGCAGUGUUGCGUGGUUGGGGGACAUUGAUCUGAGGAGAUGGCCAGGGUCCUUGAAUCUAUGAAGGAUGUAAUUGUCAACUGGAUUGAAGAAUAUGAAAUUGCAGACAGUACUCAAUGCUGUGUAUUCUGUGAGAUCUGCUUCUCAGGUAUGAUUUUGACAAGAUGAUUAAAGUGUUCAUGGAUCAGACUGUAGUACUCAUUAAGGAAUUCAGAAUCCAAGAAACUGUGCAAUCGCUGGUUGAUGCCUUGAGAUCUAUACACUUUGAAGUCAUGUAUGACAAAGUUAUGCAACUACUGGAUGGGGCUGUAAGUCAGUUAAAAUCAACUGUCUUCAAGCAAAGCAUUGAUGAACUGAAUGAAUACAUUUCUGCAGCCAUCAAAACCAUAAAGGAAUUUGACUAAAAUGUGUUUGUUGACGAUGCUAACCAGAAGAUCAGAGAACUAACAAGUUAUGUUAAUAAUCAGAUUGAAGCAUAUGGAACCGCUCCUCCGGAGAAUCUUCAAAUACUUAAAGAUGAUGACGGAUGUGAUUGAUACUACAGCCUUCGAUGAUAUAAAGACAAUUAAACAGCAAGCCUUUCAAGACAUGAGAGAUAGUCAUUGGCAUUAACAUUAGAGAGGAUAUACUCAUCUAUCUGCAAAGGGCAAGUGACUCCUACACCAACAAGGUCGCCUACAUUUCUGUUCAGUUCAACAAACUGAUUGAGAAAAUACGCAAGGUGGCCAAGGACCAAGAUAUAUUAAACCAGAUCAGUCAGGCUGUGGAUUGUGUUCUGGUUGAGAUUCCCUCUUUUGUAGUGCCUCUCUCACUGACCUCGUCAUUCCCACCAUCCAAAUCAACUUGAACUGAACAGGCUGUGUCACGCCCUGACAUUGAGAUCUCUAGUUGGGUUGGUCAGGGUGUGAAAUCUAAUUUAUAUAUUUCUAUGUUGGUCGGGUGUGGUUCCCAAUCAGAGGCAGCUGUCGGUCGUUGUCUCUGAUUGGGGAUCAUACUUAGGCAGCCAUGUUGCCUACCUUAGUUGUGGGAUCUUGUUUCUGUUUGGCUUGUUUGAUGUUUAGCCCCUUGAACUUCACGUUCUGUUGGAUUUUGCUAUUUUGUCUGUGUUUAUAAAAUUAAACGACUAUGUACGCAUACCACGCUGCACCUUGGACCGAUCCUUUACACAACGAACGUGACAGGCAGCAGGACAUAAGCAUUCCGGCCCAAAUCUCAGUUCCUGAGUUCACCAUUCGGAGUUCUUACACUGUCCCAGCCAUGACCAUAGAUUUUGAGAAAAUCAAAGAAAAGAUAAUUGCAUUCAUUGACCAGGUCAGACAAUAUGAGGUUUCAAUGCCUCCACCCGAGGCCAUCUUUGAAGACUUGAGAGCACUUUACCUAUCUGACCUCCCAGACCUGACCUACAGUUGAAGUCGGAAGUGUACAUACACCUUAGCCAAAUAUAUUUAAACUCAGUUUUUCACAAUUCCUGACAUUUAAUCCAGUACAAAUUCCCUGUCUUAGGUCAGUUAGGAUCACCACUUUAUUUUAAGAAUGUGAAAUGUCAGAAUAAUAGUAGAGAGAAUUAUUUAUUCCAGCUUUUAUUUCCUCCAUCACAUUCCCAGUGGGUCAGAAGUUUACAUACACUCAAUUAGUAUUUGGUAGCAUUGCCUUUAAAUUGUUUAACUUGGGUCAAACGUUUUGGGUAGCCUUCCACAAGCUUCCCACAAUACGUUGGGUGAAUUUUGGCCCAUUCCUCCUGACAGAGCUGGUGUAACUGAGUUAGGUUUGUAGGCCUCCUUGCUCAAACACGCUUUUUCAGUUCUGCCCACACAUUUUCUAUAGGAUUGAGGUCAGGGCUUUGUGAUGGCCACUCCAAUACCUUGACAUUGUUGUCAUUCAGCCAUUUUGCCACAACUUUGGAAGUAUGCUUGGGGUCAUUGUCCAUUUGGAAGACCCAUUUGCGACCAAGCUUUAACUUCCUGACUGAUGUCUUGAGAUGUUGCUUCAAUAUAUCCACAUAAUUUUCCUUCCUCAUGAUGCCAUCUAUUUUGUGAAGUGCACCAGUCCCUUCUGCAGCAAAGCACCCCCACAGCAUGAUGCUGCCACCCCCGUACUUCACGGUUGGGAUGGUGUUCUUCGGCUUGCAAGCACCCCCCUUUUUCCUCCAAACAUAACAAUGGUCAUUAUGGCCAAACAGUUCUAUUUUUGUUUCAUCAGACCAGAGGACAUUUCUCCAAAAAGUACAAUCUUUGUCCCCAUGUGCAGUUGCAAACCGUAGUCUGGCCUUUUUUAUGGCGGUUUUGGAGCAGUGGGUUCUUCCUUGCUGAGCAGCCUUUCAGGUUAUGUCGAUAUAGGACUUGUUUUACUGUGGAUAUAGAUACUUUUGUACCUGUUUCCUCCAGCAUCUUCACAAGGUCCUUUUGUCAAGUGUCAAUAUGCAGCGAUAGGACGGAGUCAGGCACAGGACACAGAACUGAGUAAACAACGUACUUUACUCGAAAAAUAAACAACACUAAUUUCCACGCAGGGAAAACACACCAGCUCACAUAAGUCUUAGACACAAAACAAAGAACAAACACGCACAAAACCAUGUGGGAACCAGAGGGUUAAAUAGGGAAAUAAAAUAAUGAAAUGGGAACCAGGUGUGUACAAUCAAGACAAAACAAAUGGAAAAAGAAACGUAGAUCGGUGGCAGCCAGAAAGCCAGUGACGACGACCGCCGAACGCCGCCCGAACAAGGAGAGGCACCAACUUCAGCGGAAGUCGUAGUGCCUCUCCUUGUAGUGCCGGAGAGGCACCCCGUAGUGCCGGAAGACGUGGGUAAACAGGGCCUCCGCAGUCUGUAGGGCUGUAGGGAGACUGGGCAAAGGAAGGAGAUGGCAGGACUUAGAAAACCGAGCCACAACGACCAGGAUCGUGGUGUUACUUCGUGACGGAGGAAGAUCCGUCACGAAGUCCACCGAUAGGUGUGACCACGGCCGUUGUGGAACGGGUAGGGGUUGUAAUUUCCCUCUGGGCAGGUGUCUAGGUGCCUUGCACUGGGCGCACACCGAGCAGGAGGAAACAUAAACACUCAUGUCCUUAGCUAAAGUGGGCCACCAGUACUUCCCACUAAGACCGAUGUGCACUGUCCGACCGAUGCCAGGAUGACCAGAGGAGGGUGACGUGUGAGCCCAACAGAUCAAUCGAUCGCGGACAUCAAACGGAAUGUACAGACGCCCAACUGGACACUGGGUGGGAGUGGGCUCCGUACGUAACGCCCGCUCGAUGUCCGCGUCAACCUCCCAUACCACCGGUGCCACCAGGCAAGAAGCCGGAAGUAUAGGAGUGGGAUCCGUGGACCGCUCCUCUGUGUCAUACAUCCGGGACAGUGCGUCUGCCUUAGCGUUCUGGGAACCUGGUCUGUAGGAUAGGGUGAAACAAAACAGAUGAAAAACAUGGCCCACCUUGCCUGGCGAGGGUUCAGUAUCCUCGCCGCCCGGAUGUACUACAGAUUGCGGUGGUCAGUCCAAAUGAGGAAAGGGUGUUUAGCCCCCUCAAGCCAAUGCCUCCACACAUUCAGAGCCUUAACAACAGCUAACAGCUCCCGGUCCCCCACAUCAUAGUUUCGCUCCGCCGGGCUGAGCUUCUUUAAAAAGAAAGCACAGGGGCUGGGCUUUGGUGGCGUACCCGAGCGCUGAGACAGCACAGCUCCUAUCCCAGCCUCGGACGCGUCCACCUAUACUAUGAAUGCCAAGGAGGGAUCAGGAUGAGCCAGCACGGGAGCCGAGGUAAACAGAGCCUUCAGGUGACCAAACGCCCUGUCCGCCCCAGCGGUCAUUCUCCAUCUCCACCCCUGACGCGGACAGGCGGUACCCUAGGAAGGAGACGGACUGUUGGAAGAACAGACAUUUCUCAGCCUUGACGUACAGGUCAUGCUCCAACAGUUGACCAAGCACCUUGCGCACCAGGGACACAUGCUCGGCGCGUGUAGCAGAGUAUAUUAGAAUGUCAUCGAUAUACACCACUACACCCUGCCCGUGCAGGUCCCUGAAAAUCUCGUCUACGAAGGAUUGGAAGACUGAUGGAGCAUUCAUCAACCCGUACGGCAUGACGAGGUACUCAUAGUGCCCAGAGGUGGUACUAAAGGCCGUCUUCCACUCAUCCCCCUCCCGGAUACGCACCAGGUUGUAAGCGCUCCUGAGAUCCAAUUUGGUGAAGAAGCGCGCCCCGUGCAAUGACUCUGUCACACUGGCUAUGAGAGGCAGUGGGUAACUGUACUUCACAGUGAUCUGAUUUAGACCUCGAUAGUCAAUGCACGGGCGUAAACCUCCAUCCUUCUACUUCACAAAAAAGAAACUCGAGGAGGCAGGUGAAGUGGUAGGCCGAAUGUAUCCCUGUCCCAGAGAUUCUGAGACAUAUGUUUCCAUAGCAGCCGUCUCCUGUGACAGAGGAUACACGUGACUCCUGGGAAGUGCUGCGCCUACCUGGAGAUUUAUCGCACAAUCCCCCUGUCGAUGGGGUGGUAGUUGAGUCGCCUUCUUUUUACAGAAGGCGAGAGCCAAAUCGGCAUAUUCGGGGGGAAUGUGCAUAGUGGAGACCUGGUUUGGACUCUCCACCGUAGUUGCACCUAUGGAAACACCUACACACCUCCCUGAGCACUGACGUGAACAUCCCUUGAGAGCCCUCUGUUGCCACGAAAUAGUGGGGUCAUGAGAGGCCAACCAGGGAAGCCCCAAUACCACAGGAAACGCAGGAGAAUCGAUCAGGAAGAGACUAAUUCUCUCCUCAUGACCCUCCUGCGUUUUCAUACAUAGUGGAGCUGUGACCUCCCUAAUCAGGCCCGACCCUAAAGGACGACUAUCUAAGGCAUGUACAGGGAAGGGCACAUCAACAGGAACAAUUGGGAUCCCUAAUCUACGUGCAAAUGAACGGUCAAUAUAGUUCCCAGCUGCGCCUGAAUCUACUAGCGCCUUAUGCUGGGAAUACGGGGAAAACUCCGGAAAUUCUAUGCAUACAUACAUGUGCGCAACAGGGAGCUACUCACCUGGGAUGAUCCACCAGUGCCCUGCCUGCUGCCUUGACUCCCUGGGGAACCUCCCCAGCACCGACCAGCAGUGUGACCUCUGCGGCCACAGUUGGUGCAGGAAACGGCCCCCCCUUCAAGCAGCACCUCCGAGCUCCAUAGGGGUAGGGUCAGAGGUGCUGGGGGAUGGAAUGGACAGACCCUGACCCGGACGUCCGCGGGUGGCCAACAGGUUAUCCAGCCGUAUAGAUAAAUCCACCAGCUGGUCGAGGGUAAGGGUGGUGUCCCUGCAUGCCAGCUCCCGACGAACGUCCUCACGUAGACUACACCGGUAAUGGUCGAUCAGGGCCCUCUCAUUCCAUCCCGCGCUGGAAGCCAAGGUCCUGAAGUCCAGUGCGAAGUCCUGUGCGCUCCUCUUCCCCUAUCUGAGGUGGAACAAGCGUUCCCCCACCGCUCUCCCCUCAGGUGGUUGAUCGAAGACCGCCCGGAAGCGGCGGGUGAAAUCCUCAUAGCGAACCAACGCUGCGUCUAGUCCCCCCCAUUCGGCAUUGGCCCACUCAAGCGCUCUCCCCGACAGACAGGAGAUGAGGGCGGACACACUCUCGUAUCCUGAGGGAGCCGGGUGGAUGGUUGCCAGGUAGAGCUCCACCUGGAGCAGGAACCCCUGGCACCGGGCAGCCGUCCCAUCAUAUGCCCUCGGGAGCGAGAGCCGAAUCCCACUGGGUCCAGGUGACGGAGGGGUGGACAUCGGUGUGGGUUGAUCUGAAGUUGAUGGGGUUGUGGGAAAACCCCCUCUCUCCCAUCGCUCCAUGGUCUGCAUCACGUGAUCCAUGGCUGUGCCAAGAUUCUGGAGCAUCGUCGCGUGCUGCUGGACGCGCUUCUCCACUGGUACUGGAGGACUGGAUGCACCUGCUGACUCCAUAUGUGGUGCGUGUUUCUGUCAAUGUGCAGCGGUAGGACGGAGUCAGGCGCAGGACACAGAACUGAGUAAACGACGUACUUUACUCAAAAAAUAAACAACACUAAUUUCCAUGCAGGGAAAACACACCAGCUCACAUAAGUCUAAGACACAAAACAAAGAACAAACACGUACAAAACCAUGUGGGAACCAGAGGGUUAAAUAGGGAAAUAAAAUAAUGUAAUGGGAACCAGGUGUGUACAAUCAAGACAAAACAAAUGGAAAAAGAAACGUAGAUCGGUGGCAGCUAGAAAGCCGGUGACGACGAUCGCCGAACGCUGCCCGAACAAGGAGAGGCACCAACUUCGGCGGAAGUUGUGACACCUUUGCUGUUGUUCUGAGAUUGAUUUGCACUUUUCGCACCUCUAGGAGACAGAACGCAUCUCCUUCCUGAGCGGUAUGACGGCUGCGUGGUCCCAUGGUGUUUAUACUUGUGUACUAUUGUUUGUACAGAUGAACACGGUACCUUCAGGCGUUUGGAAAUAGCUCCCAAUGAUGAACCAGACUUGUGGAGGUCUACAAUUGUUUUUAUGAGGUCUUGGCUGAUUUCUUUUGAUUUUCCCAUGAUGUCAAGCAGAGGCACUGAGUUUGAAGGUAGGCCUUGAAAUACAUCCACAGGUACACCUCCAGUUGACUCAAAUUAUGUCAAUGAACCUAUCAGAAGCUUCUAAAGCCAUGACAUCAUUUUCUGGAAUUUUCCAAGCUGUUUAAAGGCACAGUGAACUUAGUGUAUGUAAACUUCUGACCCACUGGAAUUGUGAUACAGUGAAUUAUAAGUGAAAUAAUCUGUCUGUAAACAAUUGAUGGAAAAAUGACUUCUGUCAUGCACAAAGUAGAUGUCCUAACCGACUUGCCAAAACUAUAGUUUGUUAACAAGACAUUUGUGGAGUGGUUGAAAAACAAGUUUUAAUGACUGCAACCGAAGUGUACGUAAACUUCUGACUUCAACUGUAUGCAAAAAAAAUCUAACUAAAUGUUCCAUAAUCUUUCAGGGUAUAUCAUCAUACGUUGAAUGUGGAUAUCACCAGCCCAACCUAUGUUGAUGUGAGCUUCUGCGAUGCUUCCCGCAAGGAUGUCAUCACCACCUCCAUGGCUUCCCCAUUGGUUGAUUUCCUCGUAUUCCUUCCUAUACGGAGGUCACCUUCACAGGUGUACAGAAAAGUGUUCAGCUGCUACCUGGUAAGAAACACCUGAAAUAUACUGUACAUACUACACACCUCUUUCCUAUAAAUUGUCAUACUAAAAGCUUAGAGUUUUCUCGAUGUUAUUUUUUAUGGACACAUUACAUUGCAUUAUUUUUGCCUUAAUUAGUGUUUAUACUGAAAGUAUGAGAUGACAAUUCUGAUCGCCUCUUGUUCCUUAUCUAUCCAGUCUAACCCCAACAAGGAUACGGACAUUGUGAGUGUCAAAGCCACUCUGAAGAACUCUGAGAAGUUGAGUUUCCAGGUUGCCUGGAACAUGGAUACCAUGCAUUCCACCAUUGAAGGGCUCAAAGAACGGAUGACUGCCAUCACAGAUGUGCUGCUCAAGUUCAUAAACAAGUAUCACACCACUCACUUUGGCUUCGAU